AUGCGAGAAGAACACGUGGGGCAUCUAGAUGACGAUGGGUUGCCACAUGGAUUCUGUACAGUCACCUAUUCAUCGACAGACAGAUUUGAGGGAAACUUUGUGCAUGGAGAGAAAAAUGGCCGCGGCAAGUUCUUCUUUUUUGAUGGAAGCACCCUGGAAGGGUACUAUGUUGAUGAUGCCCUGCAAGGCCAGGGAAUCUACACUUACGAGGAUGGAGUGGUCCUUCAUGGCACGUAUGUGGAUGGAGAGCUGAAUGGACCAGCCCAGGAGUAUGACAGUGAUGGGCGGCUGAUAUUCAAAGGCCAGUAUAAAGACAACAUUCGACAUGGAGUUUGUUGGAUUUAUUACCCGGAUGGAGGCAGCCUCGUGGGAGAAGUGAACGAAGAAGGGGAGAUGACUGGAGAGAAAAUAGCCUAUGUGUACCCUGAUGGAAAGACUGCGUAUUCUGGAAGGUUCAUAGAUGGAGAAAUGAUAGAAGCAAAACUGGCAACUCUGACAUCUGUAGAGGAUGGGAAACCUCAGUUUGAAGUAGUACCAGGCAGCCCAGUAUACAGUUUUGACAAAUCUACUUCAUCCUGCAUUUCUACAAAUGCACUUCUUCCUGACCCUUAUGAGUCAGAGAGGGUGUAUGUUGAUGUCUCUCUCAUUUCCAGUGCUGGAGAAGGGUUAUUUUCGAAAAUAGCAGCAGAAGCCAGUACAGUUAUGUCCUUUUAUAACGGAGUGCGAAUUACACACCAGGAGGUAGACGGCAGAGACUGGGCCCUCAAUGGAAAUACAAUAUCCCUGGAUGAUGAAACAGUCAUAGACGUGCCAGAGCCCUACAACCACGCCGCCAAGUACUGUGCCUCGCUGGGGCAUAAGGCCAACCAUUCUUUCACUCCCAACUGCAUCUAUGACCCGUUUGUUCAUCCUCGUUUUGGGCCUAUCAAGUGUAUCCGUACCAUCAGGGCUGUGGAGAAGGAUGAAGAGUUAACAGUGGCUUACGGAUACGAUCACAACCCCGUUGGGCAAAAUGGGCCAGAAGCACCGGAGUGGUACCAGCUGGAACUGAAAGCUUUCCAGGCUGCCCAGCAAAAGUGAAAUGGGAGCUCCUUCUCCGUUCAGCAAACUGAAAUAGAAACUUGGAUCUAUGCACUACCUUUAUACUGAAAACUGGACAACCAGGGAUUGUUCAUGCUGUUGCAUCAUAACUUUGCAUUCUGUGUUAAGAGAUAAGUUUCUUGCAUACUAACUAGGUUUGACUGUGUUACUCAUAGCAGAUUUAAAAUUAGCUAUUGUUGCACCAGUCUUAUCUGGAGAAAUUAUUUAAUAUUCUAUACGAGACGUGAUAUUCUUUGGUAGCUUCUGCUUUUGCACCAUAUGCAAAGAUGCCAAAAGACUAGACAGAAAACUAAAAUGGGUAUAUCGUUCACUUUUAGUCGGCAGACUUAGUGUUGCUCUCUAUCUGCCUAGGCAUUAUUGUGCAACUGCAUUUUGCAUAUAUGCCACUUGUGAUGAUAACAGUAAUAUUUUGAUAUUCUCUAAUAGUAGCAUAAUUUUGCCUUUUUAAACCUUUGAUCUGAAUCUUGCAAUAGAGCAGUUUAUUUAUUAGCAUAUAGGAGGCUGGGUUUUAACUCCCCUUUCCUCUUGUCUGAACGUUGUUCUUUCUACAAAUCCUCUUUUGCAGGAGAAAAUCCUUUCUAACUAGUGGAAAGGCUUGUGUGUGUAUGUGAGAGUGCUGUGUGUUGGUCUCUGUGGCUCUCUAAAUAGUAUAGCAACAUGUCCAAACCUAAUAUUUAUCUAGCCUUUAUGGCUGGCUUAUUUUAUUUAAUUUAUGAUUAUGACACGCAAAUGAAGCCGUUCUUUGCAUGAAGAUUUUCUGAAAGGAGAAAACAGAUUCACUUUUUGAAGGACUUACAGAAGUACAUGUUGUUGAAGGCAAGCACUUUACUUGCAUUAGUGUUCGUGAGCUGGUUUGUGUAUUUCACCUGUUAAAGCGGCCAGUUCUCAAGGCAAAAGUUCUAGCAAUGAGAUGCUUGCAUCUCACGUGAAUUCUCUUAAAGGAGGCGUAUGUAUUUGAGGGCAGGCUGUAGUACUUGGUUAAGGAGAGCUGUAUCUUUUGUAUGUGUUCAGUUGACAAAGAAUAUAGCCUUGUAGUCGUCUUUUAGUAGUACUGGUUUAAGACAAUAAAUUAAUAUAGUAUGAGAUAUCAAAAUAAGAAUUAAAAAAAAAAGAUACGAAAAGAUUGUUUUUGAAAGACAAACAAUGAAUGUAAAAACAUCUCUCACUGCUCAUAUUUAGAAACAACAGUCAAUCCAUAGCUUUGUUGCAGCCAACAGUGGGGGCUUGUGAAUAUACAUCUGCAGGGCUGUGUUCUGGGGUUUUUCAGGGGUAGGGAAAUUGUUGUGCAUUUUUUUUCAGAUACUGUACUGGUCUUGCCUAAUGCUGUAUAAGAGAGAAAUAAUGUAUCAUCUCGGUCUGGAUACUGGAGCCCUUCUGGGACUCUGAAGCUCUCUUUUGGGUUUAGCAGCUUAGGAAAAACUCAAAUGGAUUUACAACACUUUCUUUAAAUGUUUGUAGUUUAGAAAAGUUUGUAUAUAUGUAACAUAAAUGAUUUGGAAAUCAGACCUACCUUUCUAUUGCAACACAUUUUGGUUGGUUGCUUGAACGGUUGGAGGUGUCUGGCUUUCUGCAGAGCUGGACACGGAGAGUAUGUUGGGUUGGUACCUGCAAGUGGAAGGAUGAGGUUGCUGUUUUGUGCAGUCUGAGAACCCUUGCUUUGGUACCUGUACAAAGUUAGGAAUUAUUAAUAAGAACCUCUGUAACGUGGGGCUCUGUUUAGUCCCUGUGACUGGUCACAAACCUUUUUCCAGCACCUCACCAUUUAAGCUCGCACAAAAGCUACUCUGUGCAUGUGCUGGGCGGGGGACAAGCAGGCUCAGGGCUUUUUUUGACACUCUUCCAGCGGUGAUCUGAAUGUGAGCUUUGACAUCACCCAUCUCCUCACGCUGGAGACUUCAGGCCACGGCUCCGCUUCUCAUCCAAGGCAGGUGGCUGGCAGAGGUGACAGCUCAGGGACUCGGCUGAGUAUGCAGAGACAGAACUGAGCCUCACAGGUGAGGGAGAGUCGUCAAAGGCUGAUUGGCAGCACAGCUUCAGCAAAUGAACCUCGAAAAGAAAUACGCGUGUCUUGAUCUUUCCCUCCCUGCCCACAGGUCGUUGUUUUAGAUCAUUGCUGUUUCAGCCAUUUGCAGAAAAGCGUGCCUCUCCGGUAGGAGGCUGUCGUGUGCACCCUGUGGAUUAUUCUGCCAGGACCAUGAAGUCUGCAAACUUGAGGCUUGUGUUUAAGAGCAGGGAAGUGGAGAGGGAAGAUACGUGACUGAACCCUGCUGUGAAUGGAUGGUGGCUCCUUCCACAGUCUUGAUAACCUGCUUUGGACUGCUGGCCUCUUCGUGCCUGCUAGAGAACUGUGCUUAAAAUGUUCUAAUCUCUAGAGCUCCUUUGGCUUCAUUCCUGAUCGGUCUCCGAUCCCUCUGCUAUCUCCUCUUUGUGUGGAGUCGCUUAUGUUUUAAUAGACUUGUCAGCCUUCAUAUUGCCUGAUUUUUGAGAUAAAUACAGGAUAGGUGCUCUUUGCACAUCAGGUUUGAAGGUUGCAUUCUAAAAUGGGGAAAUUCUAGGGGAAAAAAAGGCACUGAGGUAUCCUCUGUGUGUUCUCAAAAGCCAUUAGUUUGGUGACAGUCAAGCGGAUUCUCUUGCUCUUGCUUAUGCUUGUAGCCUGGUAGUAUGCCACAGCUGUGGCUAUUGUCUCUGUUAGCUCUACUGUCCUUUUUCUCUCUGCUCUGUUAAAAUCUGUUGGUCCUCCUAUAGAUCCCUUCUUCAGUGACCAACCUUCUAUAAAAGUCGUGAUUAUAAAGCUGCUUCGGCUUGAUUCAGGACCAAGCCUUUUAAUUCUUUGUUUUCUUUUUCUUUGUGGUCUGUUCGAGUGGAGAUGGUUGGGGUGGUUUUUACCACUGGGUAGCGAAAGGGCUCAGGGCUCCGUGUGUCCUUCAGAGGUUUUUUGAGAGGUGUGCGUUGGCAACCACAGGUUCAAACACAAGUUAGUUACAUAACUCCAAAUAAUGCCUUAACUUGGUCAACGUAUUGCAGCUCAGCUUCUGGGGCUCACUAGACAGCGAGACCAGCUCAGUAAAACUAUUUAUCGGUAGUAACGCGAGACCCACACCAAAACAUGGUUUUGAGUUGGAGCAGAGGAAGCAGUCAUUUUGCAAAGCAAUCCAUUUGAGCCUGUUGAAAGCAGCUGACUGUUGGUGAAUAUGCAAUAAGUAAAGAAGCUCCACUUCUCAGAGUCUGGCCAAAGACCUGUCCUGUCAGCACAGAAAACAGCCUGUCAGCUGAGCCUGGGUGAGCAGCCGGCUCUCGGAGUACCCGUUGUGACUAAAGAAUGGCAUAAGAGAACCUGGAAUUGCUGCUUUUUCCAGGUACGGCUCAGUUCCCAAUGUCUGCCUUUGGUCUGCAGUGCUGCACGUGGCUCCUCUGUGAUGGGAGGGUUGUUACCUGAGCUGCUUUAUGAGAAGGAGCCUGUAUCAGCCUGUACUAAAGGCUGCUGAUUGUCUCUCUUUAAAAAAAAAAAAAAAAA